AUGUUCUCCAAGACUUUCAUCGCUACCCUCCUCGCCAGCUCUGCUGCUGCAACCCCCAUCGUUUCGGCACGUGCUGCAAGCGAUGCUUUCGGCCUCAUCUCCAUCAGAUCCGGUACUGAUCUCCAAAACCAAGCCAUCACCGCUAAUGGAGGUCGUCUCUAUAUCGGAAAGGAAACUUCUUCAUACUGCCCUGAAUCCGUCGGCUCAGCCUGCCCUAAAGGUAAUUCUACAACCUUCGUCUCUAAUGGCAACACUCUCGGUUUGAACACUGAAGUUCCAGGAGGUCAACAAGUUUACAUUGCAACUGAUUAUUCCGUAUCCUACACCCAACCACACUCCGCCGACACCCACGGUGGAGUCGCCUCUGGAUGGACUUACACCGCUGGAGAGAACGGCUCCCUCGGAUCUUUGUCUUUCCCUGACUACGGAUUUAUUGCUUGCCGCGAGGGUGACGGUGUUUAUGCUGUCUUGCUUACUCCUGGUGGAUCUGGUACUGAAAACUGCACCGGCAUCGCUGUUGCUACUGUCCCAUACACCGGUGAAGGACCCUCCGCUUGGGAGUACGCUUAG